AUGGCUCGGAAUGCAAUGGAUAAAAUGUAUAAACCAAAAUGGGAAGUUCAAAUUAAACAUAGUUCAUCAGAAACAAUAGUCAAUGACACCUGUUCAAAGCCUUACAAAGAGAUAGUACAAAGGUUAAAAAUUCCUCUUGCUCUUUACCCGGCCCCUCACUCCUUUCCUCCGAAGGCUGAUAACUGGGUAGGCGCGGCGGCGCGGGCGCAAUGCCUCCAGUUUCCCUUCCGUUGUGGCGCGGAGCGCACGUCUCGCUCAGUCAUCGUUUUAGUGAUCAUAAAAACUACGGUUCCAAUGCUUAUCAUUCCGGUAAAGGUGUUAUCAGUCUUCGGCGUGAUAACACCUGAUGUUGACAGGGCUCAGUUCCACGCUGAUGUCAUUUUGCUGAAAUUAAUAUUAAAUUGA